AUGGCUGACUCUGCUCAAGCAGUUGCGGCCAGUCCAAGGAACGAACCCACCGUCAUCGAGACUACCGAAGACGCCGAAACCCGCGCCGCCAGACGCGAGUUGAAGCAGUCAUCAAUCUCUGAUCAGAACCAAGGAGGAGAGGUGGAGGAAGGAGUGGCCAAGGGAGAAGACUGUGCUGAGACGCCCACAGAGGGUGGACUCGUUAAAAAUGUCGACCUGAAGGAGCAUGGCUCGCCUAAGAAGAAGCGAGCCCAUGACCAGCUGGGCGAAGACCACCAAGAUCCCAAGGACAACGAUGCCACGAGUGUUGCCUCGACAGAUUCUGGAAAGGAUAGGACUACCAGACUAGAGCCUGAAAAAAAGCGACACCGCGAUGGGUGCGCUGAUGCCGCCUCGGGACCCCAACUGUCCGCUGCAGACCCUCCGGUACACCCAGAGCCCAAAGACCCGGAUAGCGCUCCUAGUCAAGCAUCCCCCGAAACCUCAGCCGCGUUUGCCACGUCUGGUUUCGGGAAACUCGCUUCGUCACAAUCUGGCUUUGCUGCGUUGGCAUCACCUCAAGCAAGUGGGUUCGCUUCGGCCAAACCAACCCUGUCGUCAUUCUCAUCCGCCAAACCUACGCCAAGCUCCGGAACUCAACCGACAAAGGGUCAAACAACUGCGCCUGCAUCUGUCGCUCACCCCCCCCGGCUUUCUUUUGCAGUAAAUCCGGGUCUCUCACCCUUUGCCGGCCUUUUGAAUACGAAUGGUUCGGGGGGCACUAGUUUCGGGUCCGGCUCAGUGUUGUCCUCGACCAAGCCCUUGGUCGCAUGCGGCACGAAGCCGCUGCACAACGACAAGGCCACGAGACCAUUUGGAGCACCAGAGAGUGAUGCUUCGGAAGAUGACAGAGACGAUGAUGAGGGAGAGAAUGUCAGUCAACCUGACGAAACAGGUCGAGGUGUAUCACCCGAAAAGGACAUGGAUGACAGGAAAAAGCUAAAGCUUCAGAAAGUCGAGGUCGAUGAUGGUGAGACUGGCGAGGUUACAGUCGUUUCGGUCCGCGCAAAAAUGUUUAGCCUCGACAAACAAGCAGGCUGGAAAGAGCGAGGUGCUGGCAUGCUGAAAAUUAAUGUCCCUCAUACGUCUGUUGAUUUUGACGAGUCGGGCGCAGUAAUUCCUGGCAGCUUCGACGCGUCUGGCCUGGAAGCUGACGAGAAUGGAUCAAGAGGCCCCAAGGUUGCGCGUCUUAUCCUGCGGCAGGAUCAGACACACCGGGUCAUUUUAAAUACUGCAAUCCUUCCGGCCAUGGAAUUCCAGGAGAAGGCUUCGUUGAAGUCGGUCGGAAUCUUGUUCACCGCCUUGGAAGGGCCAGACGCAAAGCCCGUGAGCAUAACCAUGAGGAUGUCGGCCGCUAACGCAAGGGUCUUUUUAAACGAGAUCAACGCCAUCCAAAGAGAAUUAAGAGGCAACUAA